AUUUCUUAGACGUUUGCUCUACUGAUCAGAUCACCAUUUUAUUCAAGAAGGGCUUCUAGGUAGAAACACUCCCAGGAAUCGUCCAGCAACCAGCAAACCCAUUCCUCGUUCGCCAACUCUUCGCCACUUUCAUUCACAAUGGCCCCCCAGAAACCUCCUCGCGUUGAAGUCAAGGGCUUGACUUACACGUUCCCCGACUAUUCAACCGGAAUCCGCAACAUCCGCUUGGAUCUUCCUCCUCGUUCUCGGACUCUCCUUAUCGGUGCGAAUGGAGCAGGCAAGACGACACUCCUCCGUCUCCUCGCCGGCAAGCGCCUUGCCCCCAGUGACUCCAUCUCCAUCUGCGGUGUCGAUCCCUUCAAAGAGAGCCUGGAGGGCGUCACCUACCUUGGCCUCGAAUGGGUCCUGAACCCCAUCGUCCGCACCGACAUUGGUGUCAAUGAGCUGCUGGCCUCCGUCGGCGGCAACGCGUACCCGGAGCGUCGCGAGGAGCUUGUCUUGAUGCUUGACAUUGACACCAACUGGCGCAUGCACGCUGUGUCUGACGGCGAGCGUCGCCGCGUCCAGUUGGCGAUGGGUCUGCUGCGACCUUGGACUGUCCUUUUCCUUGACGAGAUUACUGUUGACCUCGAUGUCCUGAGCCGUGCCGAAUUCCUCGGCUGGUUGAAGCGCGAGACUGAGAUUCGCGAGUGCACCAUCGUCUACGCCACCCAUAUCUUGGAUAACCUCGCUGGCUGGCCCACUCAUCUCGCCCACAUGCAUCUCGGCACUGUCAAGGAGUGGGAUGAGGCCGACAAGAUGCUCGCCACCAUUGACGGCACUGUUGGAGCGACAGGCAACAGCCGCCUCGGCGAGCUUGUCCUCACUUGGCUGAGGGAAGAUCUCAAGGCUCGAGGCCCGCGAACCGCCAUGAACAGAAACCCCGAAGGCAAGACUUAUGGCUUCGGUGGCAUGCAGGUGGGCGGCUAUGGCGAUGAGUCCAAGCAGCGAGAGGUUUAAGCAACGACGUGGCAUCGAAGUGGGAACUGACUCCAUUGAGGAUUUCUUAACAAUACCCUCAGUCUUUUAGGGAUGUGUGUACGAGGUGCUGGACGUGCACUUCCUUUCUUCAUUUUGGUCGGGAGUCUAAACGGGGGCGGCACUCAACUGCAUUUUCGGCGUCCAUUUUAUCUUAAGAUGCUCUUACGAGGACGAAAUCAAUGACGAGGGAAAGUCAUUCUGGCGUUCAAUUUGGCGGAAAACAGUCC